GAGAGAAACGAGAGAGAGAGAGGAAAAAUGUGCCCAAAGCAAAAGCAAAAACACCGGAGCUCCUCCACCUCCGCCACCACUACCGCCGCCGCGACAACCCCCGAUUGGAUCCAAGAAACGAUCAACGGUGGAUCUCUCAAACACGUGGACCUCGACAAAGGAUCCAACGGCUGGGCCUCACCGCCCGGCGACCUCUUCAAUCUCCGGGAACCAAACUACUUCUCCAAGAAGCAAAAAUCCUCCACCGGCUCAUCUCUCCUCCACACCGUCGCCGUGGACUGGCUGAAAUCGCCCCACGGAAAGCUUGAUCACGUACUUUCUCGUCCCGACAAUCGAGUAAUAACCAGUCUUAGAAAAGCCCAGUCCCACGGUCAGUCCUUGAAAUCGUUCAUCAUCGCCGUCAAUCUUCAAGUUCCGGGCCGAGAUCAUUACAGUGCGGUCUUUUAUUUCUCCACUCUCGAUGAGCCCGUUCAGCCCGGUUCACUCCUCUACAAGUUCAUAAACGGCGAUGAUCAGUAUCGGAACAAUCGAUUCAAAAUUGUGAACAAAAUUAUCAAAGGCCCAUGGAUUGUGAAGGCUGCUGUGGGGAAUUACUCGGCCUGUUUGCUUGGUCGGGCUUUGAAUUGUCGGUAUUUUAGAGGUGAAAAUUAUCUUGAGAUUGAUGUUGAUGUUGGGAGCUCGGCUAUUGCGAGUGCGAUUUUGCAUUUGGCUUUGGGAUAUGUGACUGCGGUGACUAUUGAUAUGGGGUUUCUUGUUGAGGGUCAGAGUGAGGAGGAAUUGCCGGAGAGGUUGUUUGGGGCUGUUAGGGUUUGUCAAAUGGAGAUGUCAUCGGCGACGGUUGUUGAUGCGACGCCGGCGAGGAAAUUGGUGGCUAAUUGUCAUGGCCAUUUCCAUCUAAAUCGAGUUCAAGCUGAGGAUGAUGAUGACAAGAAUGAUUAGGAUUUCUGAAAGUGGUAAGGUUUUUUUGGUGUAUUAAUUUUCAUUAGUGAUUUUGGGAAAACCCUUCUAUGGGAUUGAUGGUUGUAGAUAAUAACUGUUGGCAAUGUUGGGUUUUCUCUCUGUGGAAUCCGUGCUUUAUGGCUUUGGAAAUUCUAAUUAUUAUCCAAAUUUAACUUCUAAGAAUUGUGCAUUGUGAAGCUCAGCAAGCAAUAAUGACCAUGUAUAUUAGAAUUUGGGGGCACUUAUUGUGCGCUCGUAAUUCUGAUGAUUAUGUAUUUAUUCCAUCUAUCCACCAAAAGAUUCUCGAUGAAUGGAGAUCUAACUCA